GUUCAGUAGCUGCUCAAAGCUUUUGCCCACAGCUAUGGUAGCUCCGGCCUUGGUCCAGCCCAGCUCCUGCCUUGUCUCUCUCCAGGUAACCUGGUUUUGACCCUCAGCUCUGAUUCCUCAUCUCCAGCUUUGGCUCCGACCCCGAUUCUGACCCUGGGUUCCGACUUCUGGCUCCUGCCCCUGGCUCUGACCCUUGGCGCUGGCAUUUGGCUCCUGGCUCUGACCCACAGCUCUGGUUCUUGGCUGCAGGUCCUGCUCUGACCACUAGACCUGACCACCCACAUCCCGCUCUCUGACACCAUCAAGCACGGAUAGUCAUUAGCCGCCUCUUCCAUCUUCUUCCUGUGUUAACGCUGUUACUACGGCACCACCUGGAACGGGACUGAUGUUCUGUCUGCGUCUCCAAGACGACAGCUGCAGACAAGAGCUAAGGUCACAGCUGAGACUUGGAUAGCACCAACUCAUGCAUAGGGAGCCACACUGUGAGCUGGAUGAAGAUCUGUUCUUUGGUUUGUUUCUGUUAAGAAGAGCUACUGCUCAGAAUGUGACUUCGGCAUUACAGCUGCACCACCUUAGAUGACUGCUUAAAGCAAGACACAUUAACAACCCCAGGACACUGACAUCUUUGACCAUUAUGUUAGCAACCAGCCACUCAGUAUGAGCACCUCUUCAGUUUUACUGAAUGCAGGAUUUAAAAGGGUUCCAAGAUUGGACAAUGCGGACGGCAAAAGCGUAUAUCUCAUGAUGGCAGUUCCUAGACGGCUGCAGGAGCCAGUUAAGAUGGCCUCCCCCAACAACACCCGGCAGGCCCAGAAAGAUGCCGCCGACCAGAACUUCGACUACGUGUUCAAGCUGCUGAUCACUGGGAACAGCAGCGUGGGGAAGACGUCCUUCCUGUUCCGCUACACCAACGACUCCUUCACCUCGGCCUUCGUCAGCACCGUGGGCAUCGACUUCAAGGUCAAGGCGGUCUACAGGAACGAGAAGAGAUUCAAGCUGCAGAUCUGGGGUUUGAAUUCUUCGAAGCCAGCGCCAAGGUCAACAUCAACGUAGAGCAGGUCUUUGAGCGCCUGGUGGCAGGAACCGCGCCGCCGGGCAGGAACCGUGCCCAGCCGAGGUCAGGG